AGUUCUUUACGAAACUAUCUUUAGUAGUUGAGGUGAUUGUUCUACCUUGUCGAUAACGAGAUAUACAACUGAUUUCUGCAGUGCGCAGUGUACAUAUUAUAAGAUGGUGAUCGGAAACAUCGUCGCUUUGAGGUAUAAUAUCGAUAUUGGUUAGAUCGGCUCCGUGAGAUAUAAUCAAGUCUAGGGUAUGAUUAAGGCGAUGAGUAGGUCUAUUGAUGUAUUGUGUUACACCACAAGAGUCUAGUAGUUCUUUAAACGCCACAGCUAAUGGAUCGUUAGCACUGUCUACGUGGAUAUUAAAAUCUCCAACAAUCAGUACUUUAUCGACGUUAACCAAUAGAUCCGAUAAGAAGUCUGCGAACUCUAUCAGAAAAUUAGUGUAAGGCCCAGGGGGUCUAUACACAGUAACCAAUGUAAGAGAGACCAAUGAUUUUUUACUUUUGUUUGGAACUGUUAUGUUCAACGCAAGCAUUUCAAAUGAUUUAAAUGUAUGCAUUGUUCUCCGAGUAACGGUAAGAAAGUCUCUAAAGAUUGUUGCGACACCACCACCUCGACCAACCGGACGUGGCUCAUGAAUAUAACCGUAGCUUGGAGGAGUAGACUCAUUUAGACCAAAAUAAUCAUUUGGCUUAAGCCAGGUUUCAGUGAGGCAAAGUAUAUCAAAACUGUUGUCUGUGAUCAUUUCAUUUACAAUAACUGCACAUCACAAAGUGUGGAUUGUCCUCAAUACCAGAGAGGAUACUUAAUGCUGCAGAAAUUAAACUGGAUGAAACCAUGAAAGAAAAAUUUCAAAAACUCAACACAUCACUUGAAGAUCCAGCAAGUUUAAGUGCAGUGGAUAGUGUAUGUGAGGAAAACGGUGUGUCCACAUCAACAAGAAGAAAGAAGAAGAAGAAGAAAAAGAAAAAUCAGCAAGCGGUGGAUUCUCAGGUAGUAGAGAAGGAAGAUGAAGAGAAGCAAUUAUUUCCAGACACAAAGACAUCCACCGAGGAGACAAAUUCAAGUGUGCAGCCCUUCACACCGCCUGUUGAGAAUCCUCCGGCAGGAAGAAGUUGGUAUUCAAUCAGUCAACGCUGGAAGGAACUUUUAGAAAAACUUUCUAUAAUUGAUGCCAACAAAACCUCUAAAAUAAAAAACCUUACUCUUGUAGUCAGUGAUGAGUUUAAGAUCGCUCAAGGAAGUGAUGGAACAGAAGUGUUUCUUGGUCUGAGGGAUGAUGGCACAGAGGUGGCUGUGAAAAGAAUGAAUAGGUCCAAUUACCGGCUCCUCAAGAACGAGGUGGAAUGUUUACGACGACCUGAACUUUAUGAUCCUUCUAUUGUGGGCUAUAUAGACUUUGCAGAAGAUGACAACUUUGGAUACCUUAUGCUUCAGCUUUGUGAGUACACACUUGAAGAAUUCAUCCAAGAUCACUUAACAACCGAUAGCUCUCGGAGGACUUGUGUUUUAGAAGAACUUGUGAGGAAUGUGCUCUGCAGUCUACAAGUUCUACACAGCCCGAAAACUAAUGUACUUCAUCGGGACAUCAAACCCAAGAACGUUCUGAUUGACAUAAGAGGGAAAGCUAAACUGGCUGAUUUUGGCAUAAGUCGUCGACUGAAACCGAGUGAAACCACUUUACAAACAAGCCCCGCUGGAACUAAAUUCUGGAAGGCAAAGGAAACCAUAUAUGUGAAGAGCAACAUAGGGUACAAAAGAAGUUCUGACAUUCAGGUUGCUGGGAUGUUAGUGUACUACAUUCUCUCUAGAGGCCAUCAUCCAUUUGGUGAAGAUCCAUAUUGUGAGGUCAACAUUCUGUAGGGAAAAUACACACUGGAUCACCUGGAGGAUGAUGUAGCGAAGGAUCUUGUGGAGUGGAUGAUCAAUGAAGAUCCAGGAAAGAGACCAACUGUGGAGCAGACACUUGCACACCCCUUCUUCUGGAAUGAUGAAAGGUACUAAAGGAUAUCACUGUUGUGUGUGUGAUUGGGCUUCUUGAAUUUGAUCUUUAAGCUUAAGAAUCUGAUACUUAUAACAUGAUGAUAAGUUAUGCAUGCUUUGUCAGACAGACAAUUGUUUUCACGUGUUCUGUAAAGACCCGAGCUACGAUCUCCCAAUCUGCAGGACCAUCUUAAGUCAUGUAAACCUCAGUCAAUCUAAUGUGUUAGUGUUUACUUGUGGCAUCUGCGUCAUCUAGCUGAUAUCUCACUUAAAGGUCUUAGGAACAUAAACUAUGUUUUUUCUACCAUAGCUAUGCCUACUUAACUAUUUGUAAUAAUGUUUCUGAAAUCCUCUCAGGAAAGUGGAGUAUUUGAAAACACUGGGGAAUCAGAAAGAAGCGGAGAAUUGUCGUAAUGCUGAGGAGGAGCUGCUUCGUGCCAUUGAACAAUACACAGAGGGGAAAACCUUUUCUGAAUGGAAAACUAAAGUAAGUAACUACACAGUCCAUGUUUUGCAAAUUAUGAAGACUUAUUGCCAGGUUAAGAAUGAUCAUUGUGGUUUAUACAAUAUGGCCGUUGAUAUGCAUUCUGUGUGCAUUGUUUGUCAGUAAACACACGUGUGAAGUAGUUCCAGGUCUGUCAACCGCAAUACCUUUUCAUAUCACUUUGCCAAGUUUAAGUAAAAUAAUAAGAAGGUUAUACUGUAAACUACUUGACCAUAGCAUACAUCUAUUAAGAAACAAAAUGACAUUACAAUUAAGCAUUUGGCAGACGCCUUUAUCCAAAACAACUUACAUUGCAAUGUACUAUACAUUUGUAUCAGUGCAGGAGCAAUCCCUGGGAUCGAACCCAUGACCUUGGCAUUGCUAACACCAUGCUCUAACCCCUGAGCUACAGGACAGGUUUUUUUAAUGAUGCACAAUUUAUUAAACUUAAUUAUUAUAAAUAUUUAUAGCAAACGUCAAAGAUAACUGUCAAAUGACUUGAAACAAUCAGCGUGGAAGAGUUACCUCUGUAACCCAGAUGUUAACUUUGUAUGCCACUGUCAGAACUGCAGCAUCCACAGAAAACUCAUUCUCUUCCUUGAAGUGGCCGCAUUUUAAGUUUUCAAAUAUUUUCAAAAUUAUAUAUGCUUUGUUAAUCAAUUUUGAGAAAUAAAUGCUAUAAAUGUUAUAAAUAUUCCUAACGUUUUUAUUCCAUUCUUUUUAAUAUGGCUGUUAUGCAAAAUUUCUUCUUAAG